AUGACUGUCAAAAAGCGCACAAAGACACUUGCGAGUGGGCGGCCGCCUGCAAGCCGUCCAAAGGAUCGAAUGACAUCCGAGCGGUCUCGGACCAUCAUCCGCACCCAUCACACCCUCCAGAAGGACCAUGCAGCAGCCCUAAAACGAGGUGAUGCAAAGGCCGCCCAUGACAUUGCCCAAGCCAUAGAGAAGAAUGGCGGCAUCAAAACUUACCAAGCGGCCAGCAAGCAAGGCCAGGCGAAAGACCGAGGCGGCGAUUCCAGCAAGGUCCUGGUAGACUGGCUUCAGCAACUGCAGGUUAUCGACAAGAAAGAUCACGCUUCUGGAUCCCCCUUAAGUUGUCUCGAAGUGGGCGCUCUCUCAGCGAAAAAUGAGAUCUCCAAGUUCCCGGGCAAGAUUGAGAUGACGAGAAUCGAUUUGAACAGCCAGGGUCCCGGCAUUGAACAACAAGACUUUAUGGAGCGGCCACUUCCUGCAUCCGAGAGCGAGCAAUUCGACAUAAUUUCGCUAUCCUUGGUGCUCAACUACGUACCAGAUGCAGCUGGUCGCGGCGAGAUGCUCAAGCGCCUCACCAAGUUUCUCCGGCCCGCCAAAGAGGAUUCGGAGACACUGAAACCCAGCGUGCCGCUUCUGUUCCUGGUGCUACCAUUGCCGUGCGUGGAAAAUUCUCGAUACGUUAACGAGCCACUCUUGUUACAGAUCAUGAAGAGCCUUGGCUUCAUGAAGCAGUUCAGCAAGAACACGACAAAGCUGUGUUAUUACCUUUUCACGUGGAAUGGAAAGGUUCUUCCGCGAAAAUCGGGGAAGAAGAAGUUAAGGGAUAAGCCAGCCAUGAACAACUUCUGCAUCGUCGUGGAGUGA